AUGUGUACUCAAAAAGUAGCUUUUGGUUCAAGUUCAAAAAGGUUUGGAAAAAUUACUGUCCAUCCUAGUCUAGAUCGAAGUGGACUAUAUACGGAAAGAUCAAACGGCUGUGAUCCUUGCCUAUACCAUCCUCAAUUCAUAAGUGAAAUAUUUCGAGUCAACCGUUUCAGAAAAGUAGACAAGGACCCAUGGCGAUAUAAAACUGAACUUGAAGAUUGGGCACGUAAUUUAGGAUACAGGAAUCAAAAAAUUUUAAAUCAGAGAAAGUGGCAAAAUAGUGUAUUAGGCCCCGCUUGGACUGAAAUAAAAGAACAUCCUAAGUACGAAUCAGCUUGCAAAAAUGUAGGCUUCGGAAGAACUUCUAGAUUUAAAUCACGUAAAACUUUUACACCACCUCCGGGUACUUAUUACACCGCCACGCCGUUCAAAGCACCGUAUGGCCCACAUUCUGAUAAACCGUCCUUCGAGAGGGAAGAACCUUGUCGGUUUAAGGAUACAUUCCCAAAAUGGUCUUUGGCACCAAAUCGCUAUACCAUCGUUGACAAAGAAAGUAUUGAGCAGAAGUCAAAGAAAAUUGUUUCCCUACGGGGGCCUUAUGACCUUUUUACCGGAAAACGAGAUGGUACUACAAUAAAAAAUCAUUUAAAUACAUCACUAAGGUGCGGAGCGGCGACAUGGCCGCUAGCCUUAAAAGGUUGCUUGGAAACGUACAAAAAAUCACACUUUGGUACAAUGAAUAAAACUAACCGAAGUCUUCCUUAUAGAGGACGAAAUGCACUUGUUGAUAUAUCGAUGUGUGUGAAAAGACCGGAAGAGCCAGGACCAGCUCAUUUAAACAUAGAUAAAACUAAGGUAUACAAAAAAAACAAAUUUGCCUUUAAUAGUAGCUACGACAAACCACCUGGGUACAAAAGAGUCGUCGUUUGGCCUGGCGUAGGUAGAUAUACUAUAAAAGACGAUAGUUGCGGAAUAUUUGGACAGGGGUAUAAACAUGUAUUCCUGAGUCGUCAAGAAAGGACUAUUGGAGCUAUUUUACCCCAACCUAUGAAUUCAUUUUAA